AAAUAUAUAGACAAAUCAAGUGAAUAAUAAUAUUACAAUUCAUUGUUUCGCAUAUUAACUUUAGAAGUAAAAAUAUGCUCAUCAGUAGAAUAAUCAUUUAUUUUACUAUCUUUUUAUUAUAUACUACAAAGAGUAUUAUAUCACUUCAAUGUUAUCAAUGUAAUUCUUAUACGGAUAAUGAAUGUAAUAGUGGAAGUAUAUCAAAAGAAAGACCAAAGUUGUGUCCACCACAUUUACAAGCUUCAUGUAAAACAAUAAUUCAGGAUGCUCCAUUCAUUUAUAGUCAUAAUGCUACUAAUAAACCAGCUACACGUGUUUAUCGUGAUUGUAGCGGAAUUCCAGUAGAGACUAGUCAAUGUAUGGAUAGAGUUGGUACAGAAAAAGUUAAACUACGUUAUUGUAUAUGCUCAAAUGAUGCAUGUAAUCAUGCUAUUGCAUACAAUCAUAAUGAAAUGAAAUUAUUCCUAUUUGCUACACUAUUCAAUAUCUUGUUCUAUUCAUAUUCCAUACAAUAA